CACAGCUCCCUCUGAACCUCACCUCUUCGUGGAGAAGCCUCCAGCACCUCAGCCCCCACCCUGUCUCUGAGUUGACUGACACUGCAGGGUUUCGAGGUUCCAGUGUGGACCAACCUCAGGUUUGCCAACCUGAGGGGAUGCUGUGCCCCAUUUCGCAAGCAUGCAUUGCUCCCCAGCCCCAGCAUUGCAGCAUGAGGGACCCUCCAGUACAUAAUGAAUUUAGUAACUGGGGUGGGGUUCAGAAUGGCUCUCUUGAGGAAUUGGGUGUAAGCAAGGAGCUGGGGGCCAGCACUAAUCUCAGCCCUGGGGAGCAGAUUCAGAGGCCCCCACAACCUCCUGAUGAUAAGAGCCAGGAUCCUGAGUGGUCCCAGAGGGAGCAGAUUCCCCUACAAGUUGGAGCCCAGAAGCCGUCACUUAGCCUGGAACUCACAGAAGCAAAACUGCACCAUGGCUUUGGGGAGGCAGAUGCACUGCUUCAGGUGCUGCAGAGUGGAACAGGGGAAGCACUUGCUCCUGAGGAACCUAUGAUGUCCACCUGGGAGGAGCUCUAUGCUAGGCAAAAAAAAGCCAUCGAAACCCUCAGGAGAGAGCGGGCUGAGCGACUUCAGAACUUCCGUAGGACAAGAAGCCCCCCAAAACAACUGAGCCUCCUGCCCAGUAGGGCUCUCCCCACCCAGGAUAUUGACUUGCCCAGCAGGCGCCGAGAAUACCUACAACGACUGAGGAAGGAUGUUGUAGAAACCACCAAAAGCCCUGAGUUGGCAUCAAAGUCUGCUCACUCACCCUCUGAAAUUGAUCUAAUGCUGCGCAAUUAUCAACGGGCCCGUGAGGAGGCCAAGAUGGAAAUUGCCAAGGCACGGGACAGAUUGCGGGAGCGAACUGAACAAGAGAAGCUGAGAAUCCGUGAGCAGAUCAUCUCCCAUCUGCUGAGGGAAGAGGAAAGACUACACACCUUGGCCAACUCCAGCUCUCUGUGCACCAGCUCCAAUGGAAGCCUCUCCUCUGGUGUCACUUCUGGUUACAAUAGCAGCCCAGCUCUGUCAGGCCAGCUCCGGUCCCCAGAGAGUGUGGGGGACUCAAACUUGCCUGAUUCCAGAGACACCUGGAUAGGGGAUGGGCAGGCCCAUUCUGCAGUGAGGAACCUGUAUCUGGCUAGAUCUGCCUGGAAGAACUCAGCUUACAGCUGUAGAGCCUCCCUGGGCAGUUCCUGUUGUUUUCCAUCCAGCCCAUCCAGCUUCUCCUCCUCCUACCAGGAUCUGGCCAAACACAUGGUAGACACUUCCAUGGCUGACGUAAUGGCUGCUUGUUCAAAUAAUCUACACAACCUCUUCAGCCACCAGGCAACAGCUGGCUGGAACUAUCAGGGUGAGGAGCAGGAGGUGCAACUUUACUACAAGGAGUUUUCUUCUACUCGGCAUGGCUUCUUAGGGGCAGGUGUGGUGUCCCAGCCACUAUCUCACGUAUGGGCAGCUGUGAGUGACCCUACCCUGUGGCCCCUAUAUCACAAGCCCAUUCAGACAGCAAGGCUACAUCAGCGGGUGACCAACAGCAUCAGCCUAGUGUACUUGGUGUGCGAUACCACCCUGUGUGCACUGAAGCAGCCACGGGAUUUCUGUUGUGUCUGCGUGGAAGCCAAAGAGGUGCCUGCCCUGCUGGUGGGGCACCUGUCUGUCAUGGCAGUUCAGUCUGUAUAUGACACAUCCAUGCCAAGACCCAACAGAAAAAUGGUCCGAGGGGAGAUACUGCCCAGUGCCUGGAUCCUGCAGCCUGUCACCGUGGAAGGGAAAGAAAUUACCAGAGUCAUCUACUUGGCCCAGGUAGAACUAGGUGCACCAGGCUUCCCACCUCAUCUCCUGAGCUCCUUCAUCAAGCAGCAACCACUGGUUGUGGCCAGGCUAGCUUCCUUCCUUGGUAGUUAGCAUCACACCAGUGAUAUGGUGCUGCUGAGAUGCAGGCCAGGAUGCUGCAGAGGUGCUGUGGCUGCUCCUCCUUACUGUCAGCAACCUGAGGUGAAACGAAGCUGAGGCUACCUGCAGUGGCAGACUACAUAGAUGGCACUAGCCCAGGGUUGCCAGUAAAGCCCUGACAGUACUCAAGUCACCUCUGCAGAACAAGAAGCCUGAGCUCCUGGCCCUGACUGUCCAGAGAGAAUGAAGCUCAACUCACCUUUUGGAUUUCUCACCUUUAUUUCUUGUUUCUGGGACUAUGGCACACAGGCCACUCAAGGACCAGAAUUGGGCAUAAUCAGCAGAGCUGGGGACUGCAGUGCUUUGGCAAGAUGCCUUCUUAGUUCGGCCCAGCUCUCAGGCUGGUGGGAAGCAAGCAGCCACUGGCCAAGACUCCACUCUGGAGCUGCCUCCAGCGUUCAGCUCCACUGUGUAGAAUAUCACAAAGGACCAGAACAGAAAAAAGGUUUAAAAAAUCAGCUGCACAAAUCAGAAACAGAUUCAGAAUCUUUUCUCAAAUUUUUACAAAAUACUAUUCAUGUUUUUUCCCCCCUCCCCUUCCUAGGAGAGGAUAUUUGGGUCUUUGCCUGAGUCAGGAGUGUUGAGCACUGCUGCUACAGAGCACUUUAGAGUUCAGGAAAAUGGGAGAGCACUGUAGACACAGGUUGGACAGAUUUCAGGUUGGGGUGUGGGGCCUGGCCCUUUGAGAACUGGUGGUGGUUGGGGGUAGCCAGAUGACGACAAGGCAAGAGGGAUUUCAAUGAGAUUAAAAAUUGACCUCUGAAGAUGGAAGAGAAGAUAAAUCAACUGGCAGAGGAGGUAAGUGGUGAGACUUGAGCUGCUGCUCUGGCCCUACCAGAAUGGAAUGAAGGAUGGAUUCAAUUUUCUUGGAACUUAGCUUGGCUGAACUUAAGCUCUGAAGAUUCUGUAUGUUUACCUAGAGGUGACAGGGAUGAGAAAUUCCCAUCUUUAGUUCUAUUGCCCCAAGUCUUUAGUAAAAAGGGGUAAUCAUAUGGGAAUUGAGAUGUUAAAAGGGCAAAUUUCUGUACAAUGCAGCAAAGAUUUUUUUUUUCCUAAAAAAAUUUGCAGGGCUUCCUUUUUCUCUUACCUCAGAUUAAGUUAUUUAUAUAUUAUUGUUUUUAUAAUGCUUUUGAACUUAUUUUUCUGUUUUUUUUAACAGCUGAUAUAUCUAGCACCCUAUUUAUGUAUUCCCCUUUUCCUAAGACUGUUGACCAAAAAAGGUCAGAACAUUUGUAAAUUAAAAGUCCCAUGUGGGGCUAGGCACAGUGGCACACACCUGUAACCCAGCAACCUGGGAGGCUGAGGCAGGAGGAUUGCAAUGCCAGCCUCAGCAACUUAGUGAGACCGUCUUUUAAAAAAAAAUAAAAAAAUAAAAAUCCCACAUGGGAGGCAUGGUUCAGUGGUAGAGCAUUGCCUAGUGUGGACAAGGCCCUGGACUUGAUCUCCAGCACCAAAAAUCAAAACCACCUUUUCAAAUUCCCAGGCACUCAGAAGACUAGACUUCCCAGUGGCUUGGGAGGCUGAGGCAAGGCCCUAAGCAAUUUAUCGAGAUCCCGUCUCAAAAAAGUGCUGGGAUUGUGGCUUAGUGGUUAAGUGACCCUGGUACUGAAGAAUUAAAAAAAAAAGAGAGAGAGAGAGAGAGAGAGAGAGAGAGAGAGAGAGAGAGAUUGGAUUUAAAGGAUUACAAAAAUAAAAGCCUUUGAAAAUGAAGAGAUUAGGAAAAGAGGUUCAGAUGAAGAAACUUUAAAGGAGUGAAUGGGAUGAGCUGAGGGGAAGGGAAAGGCAUAGGCUGACUAGGUAAAUAAUAUUGGGGAGAAGUAGGACUGAGAAACAAUCCCAUUUUUCAACUGUGUUGAUGUGACUUUCCUGUUUUGUACAUGGGGAUCCCUCUAGGCCCAGAGGAUCUUACAGUUUCUUGGGUUUGAGACCUUUUUGACAGCUAUGAAUUUUUCCCCUAAGAAAUGCUGGUUGCACACAUAAGAUUUUGUAAGCCACUUAGCAAGAAUUAAGUCCCCUCUCCUUUCCCCAGAAGAGCUUGGGUGUUACUUUCCAAACAGAAAAACAAUGAAUUUUAUAGGAAUGAACUUAAUGCAUAUUAUCAAAUGCAUAUUAUCAAAUAUGCAUUUAUCAAGAUGUGGUCUUGAUAAUUAUAAUCCAGUAAGACGUCUUGUGCUCUGAGAUAUUUCAGCCAAAUCAGACACUAUAGCCCUAAUGAAACAAGCAUCACAAAAGAUGGCCUACCAUGUGGUUCAGCAGGAACAUCUUGUGAGUAGAGCCUGCACUUUGCCCUAAACUUUCCUUCCAUAAAUGAGGGAGUUGCACAGAAGUUGAUACUGCUGGCAGUAAGUUUCUAGACAAUGUCAGGGGUGUGAGACUGGGCUCUCCACCUGGAGUUAUUUAGAGGAAGGCAGACCUAAGCCACAAUCAUAACUCCCAACUCAAGGCCCACCCACCAAAGGGGAAAAACAGGCAAGAACAGCCGUCAAGCCUUUGUUAAAAGAAAACAGUUUAUUCUUUUUUAAACUGUCAAUGUGCUGCCCUGUGCUUGGUCCCCAAACUGACCAGGUCUGAAGUGUUACUAUCUGCACAAGGGUGAAGUCCAAGGUAAUGCCAGGUUUCUGUUGGUUAAGUCCUACCUUAUCUGCUGUGCAUAUUUAAAAUGGCAGUCCAGCUCCUGAUGGUAAGAAAAUGUCAACUCCCAAGAUCCAUGUUUUAACUUUCCUAAACAAGUUAGAAGUCAUUGGACUCUGUCAUGAUUUCUCAGAACCACAGAGUUUUAACAGAUCUGGGAUAGCAGCAAGUGAGGUUUGAAUCCUGUAUUGACCAGCACACACUCAUUUCAUUUAGCAUCCAAGUGGCAAAUGUCAGCUCUUCAGCUCCAGGAUUAGAGCCUCUCAGCUUUUCCACCUUCAUGUUGAAUCAGGUGACUGCUCCUUCCUCUAGAUUCGGGUGGCAAGCCUGCAGUCUGUGGGAUGCCCAGUAGCGACAUACUUCUCACCUGAGCAGGAAAUCUGAUCACAGACGCAGCUACUCCCACCCCAGCAAGGGCUGCUGAGUGCUCUUGGGUCUCCACCUGAGGCACAGGCAGGAUUCCAGGGUUCUGGUGAGAUGCCCAAGGCAGGGCCACUUCCUAGCCCUAGCUCUGGGCCAACACUGUCCCCCUGUUUGGCUGCACAAGUUCACAAGCUCUCCGCUGAGGUUCUGGCAUGUGGGGCUCAGCUAGGAACAGGUUAAACAGUGUUGCUAGUUCUUCAGAGAAGUCCUGCAAUAUGUAGAAAGGUGACAGAAAAGGCAGACAUGGAAUUCUGGACACAUCCACCCUUUCUAAAGAUUAGUCUGUAGCUAAUUGGUGAGUAGACAACAACCUGGUUUAUUUUUUCCCCAACUGUCCUCUCUACUGAAAUGAGUAUGAAACUUUGUCUUACUAGUAUUUUGGGAGGUUUAAAUUAUUGCAGGAAAAUUGAACUCUGAUAGGCUGAGGCUUUACCAUCUGUUGAGCACACAGCUCAAUGGAUGUUUCAUCUUGAAAUUAUCAGUCCUGUUUUAAGGAUGAAAAAACUAAUUACUUUGUGCCAAAUCACAAAAACAUUAAGUAGUAGCUGAGAUUGAAGUCCAGGUUAUUCUGAUUAUAAAGACCUAUGUAUACUGUACCAUCCUGCUUUCCACCUGCCUGCUUUCCCACUUCCCUUUCUCAUGACAAGUCCCUCAUACAGUGGCCAUUCAGAUCUGAAGAAGGUCAACUACAAUAGCCACUCCUCAAUGAUAGGGUUGUCCUGAAGACACCUGACAAAAAUCCACUUAGCCUUGGUUCCAUCACUUGCCCCAUUUCAGGACAAAAGGGAUAUAUGACACCUGACCAAGACAAGGGACGAGGACUUCUUACCCCAGGCCACUGCGCCUUGUGAAGGCUGCCUAGGCAGGCUUCUAUCUCCAUCCGUCCCAUCAGACCUUUCUCUACCAGCUCCCGGAGCAAGAACAGCAGCAGGUCCCACUGCAGAACAUACCACAGGCAAGCUCAGUAUUGCAAGGACUGCAUAGUUACCCUCACUGGUGUAGACUGAAAUCCAAAGGGCAGAGCUGCUGAGAAGUGGAGACUUGAGACAAGUACAGGGAGUCCCAUUUCAACAUAGAAGAGGAAUGAGAGGAUAAAGGAAAUAAACAUUCCACAGUAUUUAUCCUAAAGAAAGUCAGCAUACAAUAGCAAUGCAUGCACACAUUUAUAGCAUCACAACAGCCAAACUAUGGAGCCGACCUAGGUGUCCAUCAAUGGAUGAAUGGAUAAAGAAAAUGUGAUACACACAAUGGUGUUUUAUUCAACCAUAAAAAAGAAUGUAAUUAGGCCAUUUGCAGGAAAAUGGAUGGAACCUGAGAAUGUUACAUUAAGUAAAUAAGUCAAACUCUAAAAAGUCAAGGGUGGUUUUUUUUCCUCAUGGAAGCUAGAGAAGAAAAAGAAAGGUCAGUGGGAUCGGGGGAAUCUCAUGAAAAUCAAAAGGAGAUAAGUAAAGGGACCAGGAGGAGGGAAAGAGGAAAUAAAGGGGAAUGAUAUUGGCCAAAUUAAAUUGUUAUAUUGUAUGCAUGUACAAAUAUGGAACAGCGAAUCCCACCAUUCUGUACAACCGUAACACACCAAUAAAAAAAUACAGAAGCAGCAUGCACUAGGCCCUGGGUUUAAUCCCCAGCACCACAUAUACACAAGAAAAGGAAAGUAGCUCAAAGUUUGGGAUGAGGACGGUGAACAUUAAGAAUAUGAUCACAGGGCUGGGGGUGUAGCUUAGUGGUAGAGCACUUGCAUAGGAUGCAUAAGGCCCAGUGCCAUCAAAACAAAGUAAGACUACUCCCACCAGGCCCAAUGGCACACUCCUAUAAUCCCAGCAACUCAGAAGACUGAGGCAGGAG